GCCAGAACGUUGGAGUCGUGCGGGACUCCACAGUUAAGCCAUAGAACCGUGCCACCCCCCCCGCGGGCGUCCAGUGGAGCAGAAGUCCCAAGAACUGGCUGUGUGCAGUCGUGGCGCGUUCGCCUCUUUGUUCCAUUCGGAUACAGCCCAGAACUGUAAUAUCAGGGCCAAGGAUAUCUAGUUGUCGUCGUUGGAAAGGUCCCUCUAUCUGUGCCAGGAUGCCUGAACCGGAGGGAGUUAUUCACCAGCUAUUCAUGGACCGCGAUCUUCCGCCCAAGAUCGUGGAGGUGGCACGAUCGCAGGGGGAAGAUCCUGACCGAACAAGUUUGAUGAUCGAGGAACUUCGAGAGAUGAUAUACGAAAAAGGAGACUGCGUUCCGCACCGAGUGGACGAUGAUUAUUUGGUCAAAUUUCUUCGGGCACGCUUCUGGCACGUGCAGCACGCGUAUAAUUUGAUGGUCCGGUACUACGGUUUUCGUGAGAGCAAUCCUGAGUUUUACGAAAACGUAAACCCGAUGGCAUUGCGCUCGCUUGGAGACGACGACAUAAUCACCAUUUCACCGUACCGUGACCAGGAAGGGCGGCGUGUAAUUUUCUUCAAGUUCGGCAAAUGGCGUCCGGCAAAGAUUCCCAUCUUGGAUCUGUUCCGCGCCACGAUGCUGCUGCUGGAAGUUGGUUCCCUGGAACCGCAGUCGCAAGUGCUCGGUGGCGUGGGCAUAAUGGACCUGGAAGGAUUGACGUUGAACCACGCCUGGAAUCUUACACCCGCCGUGGCUCAGAAAAUGCUGGCCCUGCUGGCAACCAGCAUGCCGCUGCGCACGAGUCAAAUCCAUAUCGUCAACCAAGGAUGGGUGUUUGAUACGGCGUUUCAGAUCUUCAAACCGUUGCUCACGGACAAGAUGCGCCAGCGAUUGUUCUUCCACGGUACCGAUCGAGUCUCUCUCCACAAGCACAUUGACCCGGAGGCACUGCCGGAACGCUACGGAGGCUCGAAACCGGAAUAUCCUUACACGUACUGGCUGGAGCACCUGAGCAAGAACGAGAAGGUGGUGGAAGAGCUUCAGCAGUUGGGCUACGUGUCCGAGCCGGCGGAUGACGAAGGACUCCCAAUGCCGGAUAUAAAAACAAUGCCCAAAGGCCCUUCUUCAGGCGACCAGAAGCAGAAGCUAGUGGACGAUAGCAAGCAGGUCUCGGUCGAUGGCGAUCUUACCAAAAAGAUCAUCGAACUUCGUAAGCUGAUCGAAAGUUUUGAUGACUGUCAGCGAAGAAGCGAUGAUAUGUUUUUGCGACGCUUUUUAUGCUGCUGCGACUGGAACGUAGAGGAGGCAUUCGGGCGCAUCGUGAAGCUCAUCAAGCUGAAGGAAGCACACCCGGAGUGGUUCUUUCACAAACCGAUCGCCACGUACGAAGGGCUGCUGAAUCGGAACAUAAAGUUCGCCCUGAACCGGCGGGAUCAACGUGGUCGGCGAGUGUUCGUAACGCGGCUGGGAGCGAUCGAUUUUUCGACCAUGGCCAUCUCUGAUCUCGCCAAUCUGGACGAUAUCUGGUUCGAGCUGAUGCUGAACGAGCAGGAAACGAUCGACAAAGGCGUCACGUGCCUGAUCGAUAUGAGUGGAUAUUCGCUGAAGGGUUUCCGCUUUCUGACACCGCAAAACAUUCGCGUCGGUUCGGCGAAAGCGGACCUACUGCCGCUCAAGAACAUCGAGUUCCACGUGGUCAAUUCGUCCGUUUUCAUGAACGCAGCGGUCGCCAUACUGUACCCGAUGUUGAGUAAAAAAAUCAAGGAGAGUGUCCACUUUCAUUACUCCAACUGGAGCUCGUUGCACCAAUAUAUUCCGACGGACAUUCUGCCCGAGGAGUACGGGGGCACGAGUGGUACAACGUUCGACUACCAGGCGAUCAACGCCCAAGUGAUGGAACGGGCCACCGAAUACGAUCGGUUGCUGGUCUACGGAGGAAAGGCGAAACUUCCGGCAGAAUGA